UCCAUCCUCCCCUUCCCUUUGUAAACUCCUCUAAAUCUAAAGCGCCUCCGACGAGAACCUUACAGAAGAGAGGGCGAGGCAAAAGAAAAACCUCUAUCCCCUCCCACUCUGAAUGCCCUAAUUCUCUCUUAGAAUUGCGCCUAUUUUUCUCUGAUUUCUGAUUGGAUCCAACCCACCGCCUAUCUCGGGGUAGAGGAAGAUCCACAUCCUCUCCGUCUCAGCGAUCGAAGAGAGUUCGCAGCCAUGUUCGGCUCCAGCAAUCCAUUUGGGCACUCUUCGAGUAGCCCAUUUGGUUCCCAGUCAGUGUUUGGGCAGACAAGCAGCUCUAGCACUAAUCCAUUUGCGCCAAAACCCUUUGGUAGUUCAAAUCCUUUUGGCUCACAGGCUGGGAGUUCAAUAUUUGGCGGCACACCCACCGGUGUCUUUGGGCAGCCUUCCUCGCCUUUAUCUUCAACACCUACAUUUGGCGCUUCAUCAGCAUCAACGUUUGGAAGUUCUAUGCCUGCUUUUGGGGCAUCAACUACUCCUGCAUUUGGCAGUUCUUCCCCUUCAUUUGGUGGAUCAUCUAUGUUUGGGCAGAAGCCAGCCUUUGGAGGCUUUGGGUCAUCACCUAGCCAAUCAAGUCCAUUUGGUAGCACAUUUCAGCAAUCACAACCAGCAUUUGGCAGCAAUCUUUUUGGUUCCUCCACACCAUUUGGUGGAUCAAGUCAACCUGCAUUUGGUGCUACAAGCACCCCAGCCUUUGGCUCUACAAGCACCCCUGCUUUUGGUGCCACAACCGCCCCCUCCUUUGGCGCUACAUCUUCUCCAGCCUUUGGUGCCACAACUACGCCAGCAUUUGGGUCCACAUCAACUUCAAUAUUUGGUAGUGCAGGAGCAGCAUUUGGGGCUUCGAGUUCCCCGGCUUUUGGUUCUACAGGCACAGCAGCCUUUGGUGCGCCAAGUACCUCAGUGUUUGGAUCUUCAAGCACUCCAGCAUUUGGUGCAUCCAGUACGACAUUUGGAUCUUCAAAUGUUCCUGCUUUUGGUGCAUCAAGUACUCCUUCUUUCAGCUUUGGUUCCACACCUUCGUUUGGUCAGUCAACAUCUGCGUUUGGCAGCGCCCCAUUUGGAACAACUCCAUCUCCUUUUGGCGCUCAGAGUUCGCCAUUUGGUGCUCAGGCAACAACACCAACGUUUGGUAGCCCUGGUUUUGGGCAAUCAGCUUUUGGAGGUCAACUAGGAGGAAGCAGAAUGGCAGCUUAUACCCCAACACCUGAGGCUGAUGGUGGCAGUAGUACUCAGCCUGCUGGAAAACUGGAGUCCAUAUCCGCUAUGCCUGUGUAUAAAGAUAAGAGUCAUGAGGAGUUGAGAUGGGAGGACUAUCAACGUGGAGAUAAAGGUGGACCCAACCCUUCUGGACAGCCUGCAGGCGGGAUUGGUUUUUCUGCUCCAACACAAUCAAGCCCUUUCGGUUCCACAGGCACAUUUGGUCAACCUACUGCUAACCCUUUUUCAUCCUCCACAGCUUCUAACCCCUUUGCACUUAAAACACCAACUUUUGGUUCAUCUGGAUUUGGUCCUUCAUCUAGUUCGAUUUUCAGCUCACCAUUUAGUUCUUCCUCAUCAAGCCCUUUUGGUUCAACGUCUUCUACUACUUCACUGUUUGGGGCUCCGACUGGUGCCGGAUUUGGUCCAAGUUCUUCACCAUCGAUUUUUGGUGGAACUACCACACCUGCUUUCAGUUCAUCACCCUCGAUUUUUGGUUCUUCAAUGACGGGAUCAAGUUCAUCGUUUGGUACUGGCCUGAGUUUUGGUAACACUCAAUCAUCUGGGUUAUUUCAGUCCUCAACUCCAUCUUUUGCGCAAACGCCAUCCCCUUUUGGACAGCCGUCUACAGGGUUUCAGCAGACCACCCCUUCUUUUGGUUCAAAUCUGUUUAGCUCACCAUCAACUGGGUUCGGGGGAAGUUUGUUCAGUAAUCCAACACCUUCAUUAUUUCCUUCAAGCACUCCAGCAGGAUUUGGUCAAUCAACUCCUUCUCUUUCAACACCUUUUCAACCGGCUGCCCCAACUCAGACAGCAAGUACGUUUUCCUUUGGUGGCUUUGGUCAGACACAGCCAGCAUCUUCGAGUGGCUUUGGCAGCAUGUCUAAUAUCUUCAGCCAGGGCGCAUUUGGGCAACCAGUUGCUAGUCAGUCUAAUAUGGUCAUGCAACCAGCUCCUAUUACAAAUCCUUUUGGCACUCUUCCAGCAAUGCCUCAGAUGUCCAUUGGUCGUGUUGGCUCUGCCCCUUCAAUUCAGUAUGGAAUUUCUAGCAUGCCUGUUUCUGAAAAGCCCACUCCAGUAAGAACUUCCUCUUUGUUGGUUCCAAGACACUUGUCUCAGAGAAGGAUUAAGUUGCCAGGCAGGAAAUAUCAUCCUAAAACUGAUGGCCCAAGGGUUCCAUUUUUUAGCGAUGAUGAAGAAGCACCCUCAACACCCAAGGCAGAUGCUCUUUUCAUACCAAGGGAGAAUCCCAGAACACUGAUUAUUCAUCCAAUUGAGCAAUGGCCCCCAAGAAAUAGCAUGGAGAAACAGACUAUCCCAAAAGACAAACCCGUCCCAAGUCCAACUAAUGAAAAUGGUAAGGUAUCAGGAGAGCCAUCUGCUCCAGCUCUUAAUGAAUCCUUUGCAGAGUAUCGUGAUGAACGGCCAACCGAGAAUGGCAGCACCAGGGAGCAAAAUAGCACUCUAUCACCAUCCAAACCUGCCCAUAAGGCAUAUGACAUUCAGGAUGAUCAUACACAGAAGGGGAUCCAAGCUGCGAUUGUCUAUGAGCAUGGCGCAGACAUCGAGGCUUUGAUGCCCAAGCUGCGCCAUGCUGAUUACUACACUGAGCCUCGGGUCCAGGAGCUGGCGGCCAAAGAACGGGCCGAGCCAGGCUUCUGCCGUCGUGUGAAAAAUUUUGUGGUAGGAAGGCUUGGCUUUGGGAGCAUCAAAUUCUAUGGAGAAACAGAUGUCAGGAGGCUUGACCUCGAGUCCAUCAUCCAGUUCAACAACCGUGAGGUGAUUGUGUACAAGGAUGAGAGCAAGAAACCUCCAAUAGGACAGGGGCUUAACAAGCCUGCAGAGGUUACGCUGCUUAACAUCAAGUGCAUGAAUAAGAAAACGGGCCAGCAGUACAUGGAAGGGCCCAAGAUUGAAAAGUACAAGGAAAUGCUGAUGAAGAAAGCUCAGGAGCAGGGUGCCGAGUUUAUAUCAUAUGACGCGGUCAAAGGUGAGUGGAAGUUCAGAGUGAAGCAUUUUAGUUGCUAUGAGUUUAGUGAUGGAGAUCCAGAUGCUUAAUAUAGCUCAGUUUGGAGAUACGCAAAAGAGGGUUUUCUAUCGUCAUGCUAUGACUGCUAUCUUUGCUGCUCUUUGUUCAUUCCUGAAGGGUCUCGAGGAGGGGAAGAAAGAAUACCCCGCUUUUUUCUUUUUCUUUUUCUUUUUCUUUUUUUUGUACAGAAUCUGUAGGGAAUAGUGGUGUGCUUGUGUUUUGUCUAUUGCGUCUAUCUUAAGCUUCUUUUUUUUUUUUUUUUUUUUUUGGCGAGUACAUGGUCUCCGGUAUCGGGUACCUUUCAAAUUAUUUUUGUAAAAAAAAGAAUGAUGCCCAAUAGGAGUUAUGGUUUUCUUGUA